AUGUCGAGAUCGCAGUCCUCACCGGAUAUUUACAAGGUGUCUGUAACUCGGACGAGCUCCAAGAGCUUGGACGAAGAACUUCUCGAACUGUGUAAUUUGAGCGGAGUCACUUUAGAUCCUGAUGUCUUCAAGAUAUUGCUGGAUUUGAUAAAGCUUAAUGUUCCACCGCCUUCGUUAGUCACAGUUCUUAAGCAAGUCGCUUCUACUAAGGGCUAUCGAAACGAAGGUCAUCCCGCUUUGUCAGCAAAGUCGAGUACCGGUUCCACUAGUUCGGCAGGAAGCGCUUCAAGUUAUGAGUCUUUACAGUCUUCACAAAGUACCAUUGCUUCUGGAAGCAGUUUGGGAUCGACUCAAAGCCCGAGACUUGAGAGAAUUCCAAUUUCUAGCCGUCUGAGGGAAAUGAAAGCCAACGCUAUGCCGCAAUAG